AUGUCACUAACCGGAUGGCGUCGAAUACUAAACAGAGUGAUAUUCAUACCACAGCGCUAUGUUUUCGGCUUGCUUGGACUGUUUGCGUUGGCAAACUCAUUUACGAUGCGCGUAUGUCUAAGCGUGACAAUCGUAACAAUGGUGAAGAAAGUAACUUCUGAGGCACACAUAGUUGGUGAAACAUGCCCUUCUGACGCAAGCACUUCUUCUACUUCUAAUUCUUCUGUAAUUUUUGAGGGUCAUGAAAAAUACGACUGGGACGAAAGCACUCAAGGUUUACUACUCAGUGCGUUUUACUACGGAUAUGUGGUCACGCAUCUACCUGGUGGACUACUGGCUGAAAAGUUCGGAGGAAAAUGGACGCUUGGUCUGAGCUUACUCUGCACUUCUGUUUCUACAGCUCUGACACCAUUUGCAGUUGGAAUCGGGGGUGCUGUGGGGCUUUUCAUUAUGAGGGUAAUUUGUGGUCUUGGCGAGGGACCAGUCACACCAGCAUUUGUUUUACUAAUGGCUCGAUGGGUUCCACCGGCAGAACGGUCUCGUUUUGGGGCUAUGAUAUUCGGAGGGGCGCAAAUAGGCAAUAUUGCUGGUCCAUAUAUUUCGGGAGUGCUCUUAGCGAACGGCGGUGACUGGGCCAACGUAUUUUAUGUAUUUGGAAGCCUCGGGGUGCUAUGGUUUCUGUUUUUUACACUUCUCUGCUACAGUACACCGAACUCUCAUCCUUUUAUAUCUGAUGAAGAGCGAGAUUACUUGAAUGCUAAUAUAACUGCCUCGGGCUUGCAUAAGAAAUUAGAUCCUGUGCCAUUUAAAGCAAUGCUACGUUCACCACAACUGUGGGUACUUGUUAUAGCUGCUGUAGGUCAUGACUGGGGGUACUUUACGAUGAUAACUGAUCUUCCCAAAUAUUUCUCCGAUGUUCUCAAGUUUAAUAUUAAGGAAACUGGAUUAAUGUCAGCCCUUCCAUACAUUUCUAUGUAUAUAUUUUCAUUUAUCUUUGCUGGCUUAUGCGACCUAUGCAUAAGAAGAAAGUGGCACAGUAUUACAACAGGAAGAAAAAUCUAUACUACUGUAUCAUCAACAAUACCCGCAAUAUUUAUUAUUCUGGCUUCAUAUUCUGGCUGCGAUCGCGCGAAGGCUGUAGGAUAUUUCAUUGCAUCAAUGACCUUCAUGGCUGGGUUCUACAGCAGUGUGAAGAUCAAUGCUAUGGACAUUGCCCCUAACUACGCAGGAACAUGUUCUGCGUUUGUUAAUGGAUUAGCAGCUGUAUCAGGGAUGAUUACGCCGUAUAUGGUCGGACUUUUGACACCAGGUCAAACCCUCAAGCAAUGGCGGAAUGCAUUUUGGACUAUGUUCGGUGUAUUAAUAGGCACGAAUAUAAUCUAUUUAAUAUGGGGCUCUGGCAAACAGCAAUGGUGGGAUGACGUGGACAAGUAUGGCUACCCGGCUAACUGGAAACAUGGACCACUAAAAAAGAGACCUGAAAAUAUAGAAAAAAAGGUUGUAUACCCAAAGCAUGACCACUCGCCAAUCGUCAUGGACUGA